UAGAACAAAACAACCAACACAAAGCAGAGAAGAUGAUUUCUCCGUGGGACCGCUGGUACUCGACGAGCUGCUGCCUGUGCUGCCACGUCCGGACUGGCACCAUCAUCCUGGGGAUAUGGUACAUGCUCAUCAAUGCAGUGGUCCUACUCAUCCUGUUGUCGGCUCUCAAUGACCCAAUUCAGUACCGCUACCACCUCACCAGCACUGAGCUGGGAACUGACAUCGAUGUCAUGGACGAUGCAAAUAUCUGCAUCGCUACUGCAAUAUCCCUACUCAUGAUUCUUAUAUGUGGCAUGGCAACGUACGGUGCUUACAAGCAACAUGCUGCUUGGAUCAUUCCAUUCUUCUGCUACCAACUCUUCGACUUUGCCCUUAACACACUGGUAGCCAUCAGCGUGGUGGUUUAUCCCAACACAGUGCAGGAUUACCUCCAGCAGCUGCCGGGGACAUUCCCUUACAAAGAGGACAUCAUGUCCACCAACAACAUGUGCCUAGUCUUUGCAGUCCUCGUCUUCAUUGGCUGCAUCCUCUCCUUCAAGGCCUACCUGAUUGGCUGUGUGUGGAACUGCUACAGAUACGUGAGCGGCCGGGGCACCACGGAGGUCCUGGUGUACGUCACCACCAACGACACCACGGUUCUGCUGCCACCGUACGAGGAGGCCAUCGCCCUCCCGCCCAAGGAGCCUCCUCCCCAGUAA